ACUCCUCAUUGUGUCCUGAUCUCCAAACAGGAAGCUGAUCUUUAAUCUUUUCUUCAUGGAGCCACAGAGAUCUGAGCUGAUCAGCUGUGAGGAAGAGGAGGAGGAGGAGAUGAUGAUGGUGAACGACGGAGGCUAUGAGUCGUCUGUCUCUCAGGAGAAGCAGGACUCGGAUCGUCCAAUCAGACUCAAGACAGACCGAUCGGGUCGUCUCCUCCUGGAGACUCCUGCUGACCUCCAGAACCUCCUGCUGCUGAGGAGGAGCAAGAGGGAGCAGAGAGCUGCUGUGAGAACUCGUCCUGCUGCUGCUGCUCCUCCUGCUGCCGUGCCGUACUAUGUGGACGAAGAGGAUUUCUUUACGGCCUGUGAUCAGAAGCAGCUGCUGGUGAUCGACAGGUACCUGUCAACAGGUGGAGACGUCAACGCCUGUGACUCGCAUGUUCCUCAACAUGUUCCUCAUCAUGUUCCCCAUCAUGUUCCUCAACAUGUUCUCAACAUGUUCCUCAACAUGUUCCUCAUCAUGUCCCCCAUCAUGUUCCUCAACAUGUUCUCAACAUUGUGUGUGUGUGUGUGUGUGUGUGUGUGUCAGCUGGACAGUACUCCUCUUCAUGUCUCUGUGAGGACCGGACAUAACGACUGUGCUGAACACCUGAUUCACUGUGGAGCUGACAUCAACACGCAGGACAGGGAGGGAGACACUCCUCUUCAUGAUGCCGUUCGACUCAACAGAUCUAAGACCGUCCAGCUGUUGUUACUACACGGAGCCAACACACACAUCACCAACCAGGAUGGACGCUGUCCUCUGGACGACGUGUUGGAGUGGCAGAGUGAGACAAAAACUCUCCUUAUCCAGCCCAACGACAGGAAGUGAUGUCACUGAUCGUGUUACAGAUCCACCAAUAACAA